GGCGCUUUCUGCGUGUAAAUGGAGCCGGUCCCGGGGCGUAUGCUGAGCUGCCCGCUCUGCCUCCGCCUACUCCGGGAGCCGGUCACCGCCGCCUGCGGGCACUCGCUGUGCCGCCGGUGUGUGAGCCGGAGCCGGGGCUGCCCGGUUUGCCUGGAGCCGCUGGGGGACGGGCUGCAAGGGAACCGGGUGAACGUGCUGGCCGGCGGGUUACUGCACAAGUGGUUCCCCGAGGAAGGGCAGCCGAAUCCGGUCACCGAGUCCGGUAAAGGACCGAUCUCACAGUCCCAGCCGAAUCUGUCACUGGAGGCAACAGAGUGUUUGCAGAAAGCACAAGUGCCUUUAACGUGGAAUGACUCCAGUGAGAAGUAUCUGAUAUUUCAACCAAUGGCGAGAGAGGCAACAAGCAAGCUUUCUGAAGAAAGAAUACACAUCUCGGGUUCUGAUGAGGAUAAUGUCCCAUAUUCCUUCCACUGCCUUCAGUCUGUGCCUCCUGAUCUCCUCAGCAUCUCAGACUUUGAGUGCUCAGUCUGUGCAAGGUUAUUGUUUGAGCCAGUCACCACCCCUUGUGGUCAUACCUUCUGCAAGAAAUGUGUCGAGCGAUGUUUGGAUUACAGACCGUGCUGCCCUCUGUGCAAGGAGGAUCUGAGAAAGUUCCUGCAGCAGAGGCAGUAUCGGGUCACCCAGCUCCUUGACUCUCUCAUCAGUGUGUAUUUCCCCACGGAAUUCGCAGAGAGGAAACGGCUAAGUGAAAUCGAAAUGGCGGAACUGUCCAAUUUGACGAAUGACAUUCCAAUUUUUGUCUGCACAAUGGCAUUCCCGGGAAUCUCCUGCCGAUUGCACAUCUUUGAGCCCCGCUACAGACUGAUGAUGCGACGAUGCCUGGAGACAGGAACUAAAACAUUUGGAAUGUGCAUAUAUGAUCGUGGAAAAAUGUGCGUGCAGUGA